CAUGGAUCAUGGAUCAUGGAUCAGAUCGGUAAUAUGGUGAUUGAUCUACAGCCGGCUGCGGCCUCGCGGUCACGUGGUUCUGCCCCCGCCCGGGGUCGGUGGUCACGUGCCUCUUCGUCGCCAGGAAUGAUGGCGGUCACGUGGCUCCGCUCUUGCCUGCGGCUGGAGGUCACGUGGUUCUGUCCGGCCGCAGCGCGUCCUCACGUCGGUCGGUCUGUUGGUGCGUGCGCGUCCCCGUCAGCGUGUGACCGCUGCCCGGCCUCGACUGUAAACCCAGGUGUUGGCGGACAGUGCGUGGACAGGAUGCUCUGUGUAGCGUUGGGCUUCUUUGCCUACAUGUUCCAGAUGGUAAUGACUGGAAUAUAUGAGCGUACCUUUGUAGCUAUCAAACCAGAUGGAGUUCAGCGCCGUUUGGUUGGAGAAAUCAUACGGAGGUUUGAGAAGAAAGGAUUUAAACUGGUUGGGAUGAAAAUUAUGAAGGCUUCAGAAGACUUGCUGAAAGAGCACUACAUUGAACUUAAGGAGAAGCCUUUCUAUAAUAGUUUGGUGAAAUACAUGUCUUCUGGCCCUUUGGUCACAAUGGUAUGGCAAGGAUUAAGUGUUGUUAAAACCACUCGUGCUAUGUUGGGAGAAACCAACCCUGCAGACUCAGCACCAGGUACCAUCAGAGGGGACUUCUGUAUUGAAGUGAGCAGGAAUGUAAUCCAUGGCAGUGAUUCAGUGGAGAGUGCCAUCCGUGAAAUCUCGCUCUGGUUCAGCCCUGAGGAGCUAGUUUGUUGGAAUGAUUGUGCUGUUGACUGGAUGUAUGAAUAAACCAGGCUUUUUAAAACAAAGCCUUUGCUCAGGAAGAAGCCCAUCAGUACGGAAAUAUCAUUGCUACAGAACACACACUGUGACUGACUGCAGUAAACCUAUGCACCAUUGAGAUUUUCAUUCUUUCUAUGUAAAUUCUUUUGAAAUUAAUUACUUUCAAAUUCUGUUCCCUCUGGUUGAUCAAAUUGAAUUUUAGAGGAAAACAAAGUUUUUAUUUGAUCCUAGAAUUGAAACAUUCACAUUUGCUAUUUAUCCUUGGUGCAUUUUCUGUUUUUCUUGGUCCCAAGUAUUUCUGUUUUUGUUUUAAUAUUGAAAUAACCUUUAAAGUGUUACUGCUGUAAUAUGGACACUAUAAGUGUGAGGUGGUUUAUUUCUGGUAAGAACUUUUCUUACAUGACACAAAAAAUAUCAAAGCAUGCUUCAAUUCAUUGGUGACCAAUUGACCAAAAUUGCAUGCUAUUUCAUAGUAUAGGAUGGAUCAAUAAUCUGCAACUGGGCUGCAGAAAUGAGUCCAGAUGUAGGCAGGUCAGAUGCAAAAUGCUAUUUAAUUGCAAUCAAUGUUUAAAAAUUCUGGACUCCAUUAUGUCAAAACCUUGAGGCAUAGUAGUUCUAGAGAAGUGGCUGGGAGUUGAACUUGGCCCAUUCUCUUCCUAGUAAAUUACAUGACUGAAUUAAACAAUUUUGCUGCUUCUUGGUGAUGAUACUUCAGUAUGUUUUUCAUGUAGUCUGUCUUUGACUAUGCAUCUAAAGGGUGCUUGCACUGGGUGUGACUGAGUUUUGAUUGAGUGCAGGUGAAAUUCAGUGAAAAGGAUUCUAUAAAACUUCCAAUCAUUGUCCUUGAUCAAUCUGCAAUGUUAAUAUUAUGCAACCGGCUGUAGAAAAGGAAAUUGUUAACAAUCUAUGAAGCCGUUAACAAGGCAGCAUUAUCCUGAGAGGAUAGACUAGACCUAUGUCUUAAAUGUAUUAUGCUGAAUUUUCACAGGAGAUUCAUGGCCAGUUCUUUGUUAAUAAAUGUGUUUAAAUUUA